CUAAGCGAGGCGAGAAAGCACCGUGGACGUUUCUUCGACUCCCGACCUGACCUUCUGUCGCCAACCCUUUUCGCCUAUCCCGACAACCCCGAUACUCAGCCAUCAUGUCUAAGAGAGGUCGUGGCGGUGCCGCCGGCAACAAGCUGAAGAUGACCCUCGGUCUGCCUGUCGGCGCCGUGAUGAACUGCUGCGACAACUCCGGUGCUCGCAACCUGUACAUCAUUGCCGUCUGCGGUAUCGGUGCCCGCCUGAACCGUCUCCCUGCUGCUGGUGUCGGAGACAUGGUCAUGGCCACCGUCAAGAAGGGAAAGCCCGAGCUCCGCAAGAAGGUCAUGCCCGCCGUUGUCGUCCGCCAGAGCAAGCCCUGGCGCCGGGCUGACGGUAUCUACCUGUACUUCGAGGACAAUGCUGGUGUUAUUGUCAACGCCAAGGGUGAGAUGAAGGGAUCCGCCAUCACCGGCCCUGUCGGUAAGGAGGCUGCUGAGCUUUGGCCCCGUAUUGCCUCCAACUCUGGUGUCGUCAUGUAAAGAGUUUGAAAACCGA